AUCCAUUGAUAUCGCGAUUUAAACAACAGUGUUUGGUGCAGGCAUGAAUUUACAAAUAAUAAUACUCAUAAAUAAUAAUAUUUGAUAAAUAUUUCACGCGAAUGCUCAUCAAAGUGGAAAACUUGUUAUCGAGAAAAAAAGAGAAUGAAUGAACUGUUACGAAAAGUUCAAUCUUGAGGUGUAGAAAAAGGAUAGACGGAUUCUUUUGACAAAACUGCUUUGACGAGGAAUUUGCUGAAGUUGAACAUUUGUGAAACAGAACGAGAUCGUCGGACAAUGCACGUGUUCAGAAUAUAAAUUGCUUAUCAGGUGAAAAAAGAAUAAAGUGAACGAAGAGGAUAAUGACUUUGUGAACGAAAUACUUAUUCAAUGAAAGAUUGAACAAUUUUUAAGAAGAAACUUUAAUAAUACAUGUAAAAUGUUUGCCAAUAGUAGAAUUGUGUUUAGCUGCACGAAUGUCAUGGCAAGAUACCAUGCCAGAUCACUAAUAAAUAGUCUAUGUAAAGUAAAUUUUCUACUAAAGAAUCAGUCUGCAAUUUCAGUAGCUUAUGUGCACAAUUUAGUUAUUGACAGGUCGUUGACAAAGGAACCGAUUCCACCAGUCAACAGAUAUGUCCUAAGAACCCACACAUGUGGCGAGCUGACGCUUAAGAACAUUGGGGAGGAAGUGAGAUUGAGCGGUUGGAUGGAGUUCCAGAGAAUGAGGAAAUUUAUAAUAUUACGAGAUGCCUAUGGAUCAACGCAAUUACUCAUACCAGAAGAUAGAAAGGAUUUGGUAGAAAUUGUACAGAAUUUGUCUUACGAAAGCGUCUUGAGUGUAGUAGGCAAAGUUGUACCGAGGCCUGAGGAUCAGCAGAACAGGAGAAUGAAGACGGGUGACAUAGAAGUAUAUGUGGAGUCUCUGGAGGUUCUAAACGUAGCGUCACAGAAUCCUCCGAUAUUCAUUAGAGACUACAACAAGGCCAAGGAGAGCCAGCAAAUGAAAUUUAGAUAUCUGUCAUUAAGAUAUCCUGAAAUGCAAAGAAAUUUAAGGCUGCGCUCCUCCCUCAUAAUGAAGAUGAGAGAAUUCCUAAUCAACGAAUGCAGCUUUGUGGAUGUUGAAACGCCAACACUGUUCAAAAGUACGCCAGGGGGUGCGCAAGAGUUUGUGGUACCUACAAGACAGCGAGGUAACUUUUACUCACUAGUACAGAGUCCUCAGCAAUUCAAGCAGCUUCUCAUGGUAGGCGGUCUCGAUAGAUACUUUCAAGUCGCCCGCUGUUACAGAGAUGAGAGUGCCAGACAUGACAGACAGCCAGAGUUCACACAGCUAGAUAUUGAAAUGUCGUUUGUUGACCGGGACGGAGUGAUGAGCUUAAUUGAAAAUUUACUGAUGUACUCGUGGCCGGAAGAAUCCAUAAAAGUGCCUUUUAAACUUAUGAUGUAUGAAGACGUGAUGAAAACGUAUGGUACUGAUCAACCGGAUUUAAGAAUACCAUAUCAAAUACAAGACCUCACACAUAUGUUCGAUCUGCCAGUAUUAAUGGAGGCUGUGAAACAUGAGGAUAAACAGCAAAAAGUGUACGCGUUAGUUUUUCCAAACCAAUCGAAGUACUUAACAAAAUCUAUCAGAGAUGGACUUUCCAAGAUCCGUAGCGAUUAUUUUAGUGCUACAAAGCUGAUUCAAUUAAAAAUUGAAAACGAUUCGUGGAGGACACAGUUGGACAAGUUGAAACCGAAAUCGGGAGCUAUAGCAGAAGAUUUAUCGCAGUAUUGCAAGUUACAGGAAGGGGAUGCAGUAUUACUGGCGAUUGGUCGUCGAAUGGAUGCAUUGAAACUCUUAGGAAAGCUACGUGUCGAAUUUACAAAUACACUAGAAGCCAAAGGCGAACAGAUACGUUCAUCUGAAAAUGAAUUUCUGUGGAUCACGGACUUCCCGUUGUUCACAUUUGAAGGAACGACAUUAGAAUCGACGCAUCAUCCGUUUACACAGCCUCAUCCAGAUGACAUGGAAUAUCUUACAACUGACCCUUUAAAGGUAAGAGGCUUACACUACGAUCUGGUUAUGAAUGGAUCGGAAAUAGCGGGAGGUUCCAUUCGAAUUCACGAUGCGAAUUUACAAAGGCAGAUACUGAGGAUGUUGAACAUAGAUGAAACGAAAUUGUCGCACAUGCUCGAGGCGUUGACGUACGGAGCUCCGCCUCAUGGCGGAAUAGCUAUAGGGUUGGAUCGCCUCGUCUGCUUACUUUGUAACGAAAAGAGUAUAAGGAAUGUCAUAGCUUUUCCAAAAACAAUAGAAGGUCGAGAUUUAAUGUCCGGAGCACCGGAUGUCAUUUCAGAUGAUUUGAAGACUUUGUAUCAUAUACAAACAGUAAACAAGUAAAAUUCCUUUUUUACUAGGUAUAGUAAAAUAAAUCUGAGAUUGCGUUUCGAUCGUGUUUAUAUAUAUUAUAUGAAAAGACGCAAGUCCUCGCAAUUUGCGCGCGUAAAAAAAAGUAUAAAAUUAUUGAUAUCAAAAGCUGUGGCAGUUUUGAGGCGUCGUUACUUGCAAUAUUUUUAUAAAUGUAUAAAUUAUUCUCGGAAUUAUUAAGCGGAAGCAUAGAACUUCCGUAAACCGAAUAAAUAAAAAGACAAAAAAUAGAUGUACAAAAAAA